AUGGAGCUGCGGUCGGAGCUGCCUAGCGUGCCCGCCGCGCCCCCCCCGGUGCCCCCCAGUUCGGUGGCGGCCGCGGCGGCCGCGGCGGCGGCCACGCUGCCGGUGAGCGUGGCCGGGAGCUUGCUGCGGGCGCCGCCGCUGCUGCUGCGGGCGGCCGAGAAGUACCCGCGGACGCCCAAGUGCGCCCGGUGCCGCAACCACGGGGUGGUGUCGGCGCUGAAGGGCCACAAGCGGUACUGCCGCUGGAAGGACUGCAUGUGCGCCAAGUGCACCCUCAUCGCCGAGCGCCAGCGCGUCAUGGCCGCUCAGGUGGCGCUGCGCCGGCAGCAGGCGCAGGAGGAGAACGAGGCCCGCGAGCUGCAGCUGCUCUACGGCACGGCCGAGGGGCUGGCGCUGGCGGCCGCCAACGGCAUCAUCCCGCCCCGGCCCGCGUACGAGGUGUUCGGUUCCGUCUGCGCCGGGGCCGGCGGCGAGGGAGGCGCCGGCGCCUCAGAGUCCAAGAUGCAGAAGUUCGAGCUGUUCCCCAAGACGCUGCUGCCGAGCCGCGCCGUCACCCCGCAGCAGGCGGGCGGGAAGCCACUCUCCCCGGACGGCGAGUCCGUGCCCGGCACCUCCUCCCCAGAUGCUCGCCACGGCUCGGGCUCGGAGAACGGGGACGGCGAGUCCUUCCUGAGCUCACCCGUCUCCAAGGGCCCGAAGGAGGGGGAGGAGAGCCCGGGCUCCAUCAGCCCGCUGGGCUCGGACUCGGGCUCAGAGGCGGACAAGGACGAGCAGGACCCGUCGCCCUCGGCCGGCGGCCGGCAGCGGACUCCCAUCGACAUCCUGACGCGCGUCUUCCCGGCGCACAAGCGCAGCGUGCUGGAGCUGGUGCUGCAGGGCUGCGGCGGGGACGUGGUACAGGCCAUCGAGCAGAUCCUCAACAACCGCGGCCCGGAGAAGGGCCCCGAGGAGGGCUGGGCCCGGGACGGCGCCUUGCAGGGCCUGCCGCCCACCCCCGCCGCCGCCGCCGCCCACCACCGGCCCUUGAUCGCCGGCGCCAUGGCCCCGGCCAUCGGCACGCUGGGCAGCCGCUCCGCCUUCUCCCCGCUGCAGCCCAACGCCACGCACUUCGGGGCCGAGGCCGGCGCCUACCCCCUGGGCACCCACCUGGGACUGAACCCGCUGCGCCUCGCCUACUCGGCGCACAGCCGGGGACUGGCCUUCAUGACCCCCUACUCCACGGCCGGGCUGAUGCCCACGCUGGGGUUCCGGCCGCCCGUGGACUACGCCUUCAGCGACCUGAUGCGGGACCGCUCCGCCGUGCACAAGGAGCAGGUGUACUCCAGCGGGCUCUACGGGCCCAUGGUCAACAACACCCCCGAGAAGCAAUAGCGGCUUCCUAAAGCUCGUCUGUGUAGAGGUAGCUAGGUAGGCACGGGUGGACGGACACGGGUGGCUUCCUCUCCCCCGUGCAGGCGGUGGUUGCGUGCAGAGCCCGGCGCGGACAGGCGUAGGUGUAUUAAGGUGAUAAAGGUGCACUUUCAUUGUCCAGACAUGAGUCACUCUUUUGUUGCUUAUGGCCAUAAGCAUGGAUAUCCUCGGCGCGUCGCGGGGUGUGCACACACGCGAGCGCUCUUUCCCACACACAUACAUAUAUAUAUAUAUGUAUACUAGCAAGUGUAUAAUGUUAUAAAAUGGAAAUCUAAGUUAUUAAUGUAACUCGUAGGUGAACUUGGUAUUAACGUUAAGCUAAAGGUUAGGCAGCGCAUUGUAAUACUUACCAGGCAUAUAGAUGAAACAUUGUCAAAUUGAAAACCUUUUCCUUCCCGCCCCCAGAAACGUUGCGGUCUGUAUAUAACAUUGGAAAGUAGAUAUAUUUGUAACUGUCCGUAGGACCCCGGCGCCAAUGGUGUAUGAUGGUUUAAUAAGCCUCCUUCAUUUGUGAUCUGCAAGAAAAUUGCUUUCUUGUUCCGAUGUAGCAAACUUCUUGCUGUUUCUAACAGGUAAUUCUGUGUUUCCAUUUCAUAGAAAUAAAUGUUAUUUUCUAUUAAAAAAAAAAUGGGUCUAAUGAAUGGCAAGUGGUAUUUUAUGAGAUGAUGGAAGUGUGUUUUGGGAAAUUCAUUUGACAAGUACAUUCAAUAUUUAAAGGAGUUUAUGCAAAUAGUACAAACAUGUUUACUACAUUUUUAUCAUGGUCAAACUAGAUAUUCUUCAGAUAAAUUUAUAAAUAAAAACAAAAUGUACAAGCAAGAGCAAAUUCCUUAUCAACUGAAAUUGUCAAAUACGUUUAUUUCUGGUUCUGAUCUUUUUCUUACUUAUGCCUGUGGAAAAAAUCCCCAACAAAUCUACAGAGGCAUAAAUUUAAGCAGGAUUUCUCACUUUGGUAUCUGAUGUUUUUUGUCAUAUUUAGGAAAUUUGGAAGUGUUGCAAAGAGAAGCCUGGUUAAAUUAAAUCCCACCUUGCGACCCGUGGGUUGUGUAGCAGCAGUAAGGUUUUACCCUUCGUAUCUGGAAUUGGAUUGUGCCUUUCUGCUGUUUUGGUGUCAAAAUAAGCAAAGGGAUCUAUAAAUAAUGACUUUUUUUCAGAAUGUAAAGGUGCGUUUUUCAGAAUGUAAAGGUGCGGCAG